AUGAGCCCUCAGUUGGAAAGGAAUGGACCAUGUGGAGCAAUUUAUACCUGCACAAAAAAUGGAUGGAGCAAUGAACAAGUUUUCAUGAUGUGGUUUAAACACUUUCAGGCGAAAGUAUCAUCUUCUGUUGAUAAUCCAGUUCUAUUGGUAUUAGACAAACAUACGAGCCAUAUAUCCUUAUCUAUUUGCGAAUUUUGCAAAAGUCACGGGAUAGUUAUGGUCAGCAUUCCACCUCAUACUUCGCACAAGUGGCAGCCGCUCGAUCUGACUUUUUUUGCGCCUCUGAAGAACGCUUACAGUAGGCAAUGCAACUUAUUUUUGAAAAGUAAAAUUAGCGAUGAGCAAAAAGAAAAUAAAUUGACGCCUUACGAUGUUGCCGAAAUUUUCAGGCUAGCAUAUGAACAGGUUGCAAACGUGGAAAAGGGAGUUUCCAGUUUUUCUGCCGCUGGAAUAUUUCCACUAAAUCCAGAAAAAUUCACCGAAGACGACUUCACUCUAGCUGAGAGCUUCAAUUCUGGCUCUCAGGAAGAAAAUCUGUAUGGUUCACUACAACGUAAUGGGACACCUUUUACUGCAGCCCUAGUGCAAAGAAAAUCACCCCAACCCUCUACUAGUAGGCAAUAA